AUGGCCGCAAGAAACCUCGAUGCACAGCAAGAUGCAAGCUCUCAUCCAAUUGGAGAGCAUCGCCCAAUUCGCGUGGUAUGCAUAGGCGCAGGAUACUCCGGUCUGAUGAUGAGUAUCAUUGUGGAGCAGAAGAUGAAGAACCACAAUGUUAGCUUCCAGGUCUACGAGAUGAACGAAGACCUUGGGGGUACCUGGCUGGUUAAUCGGUACCCGGGUUGCCAAUGUGAUAUUCCAGCGCAUAACUACGCCUUCAGCUUUGCGCCCAACCCGUCAUGGCCAAACUACUAUGCAACGUCCGAACAGAUCUACGACUACAUGAAGAAUACCUCGGCGAAGUAUGGUUGCGACAAGUACUUCGCUUACCGGCACAAAGUCACCGGCGCCACAUGGAGUGAACAAUCUGGCAAAUGGAUCCUGACCGUGGAAGCCGACGGAAUUGAGUUUACGGACACAUGUGACGUUCUUAUCAAUGCUGGAGGCGUGCUGAAUAAUUGGCAAUGGCCGAAGAUCCCCGGCAUCCACAACUUCAAGGGUAAGCUCCUGCAUUCAGCCAACUGGGAUACUUCGUACGACUGGACUGGUAAGAACGUUGCAGUCAUCGGCAUUGGAUCUUCUGGAAUUCAGAUUUUGCCCAAGGUGGCACCAGGUAUGUCUCACGUGGACUUUUUUGUCAGAUCAUCAACUUGGAUAUCACCGGCUCCUGGGAUCAACGAGCCCACCCCCGAAGAUCCGGAUGUUGAUGAACAUUACAACUACGCGUCUUAUGAACUGGAACGGUUCAGGACUGAGCCAGAAUACUUGCAGCGCCACCGGAGAUUCCUCGCCGACAAACGCAUUGCCAACUUCAAGCGCUCCAUGGCUGGAUCUAAAGCUCAAAACGAGACUGAUCAGCUAUUCAGGAAAACUAUGAUUGAUCGCCUGGGCUCCUCUGAGAAGGGCAAACGCAUUGCGGAGUGGCUGCUUCCUGACUUUCCAGUGGGCUGCAGACGCCUGACCCCGGGUCCGGGAUUUCUCGAAGCUCUUACCAUGGAGAAUGUCAACAGCCACUGGGACAAUAUUGACAGCAUUACUCAGACUGGAAUUCAACUCAAGGACGGCAGCCACAAAGAGCUGGAUGCGAUCUUUUGUGCCACCGGCUUCGACACCACGUUUAGGCCUCGUUUCCCUUUGAAAGGCAAAAACGGUCUAGACCUUGCCGAGAAGUGGUUGACGGAUCCUCCAGAGGCCUACUUCAGCACCACCGUCCCAGACAUGCCAAAUUACUUCAUGUUCAUCGGCCCCAAUAGCCCGAUUUCGAAUGGCUCUCUUGUACAGGCUAUUCAGAUGACGGGUGUGUACAUCUAUAAAUGUAUCAACAAAUUGCAAACUCAAUCCCUGAAAUCUAUGACGGUCAACGCAGCCGCAACAAAAGACUAUAACGAGUAUUCUCAGAAUUGGCUCUCAAAGACGGUAUGGGUCGCUCCCUGCCGAAGCUGGUAUAAGAGAGGCACCACGGACGGUCGUGUCGUUGGUGUUUAUGCUGGAAGUUGCUUUCAUUUCGCUGAAGCUCUACGCGAUCCGAGAUGGGAGGACUAUGAUCUGGAGUAUCUUCCUGAUGGCCAUUUGGGGAUGAACAGAUUCUCAUGGCUCGGUAAUGGAUUCACGAAACGAGAGAUGGUGGGAAAGAGUAUUGGUGACACGCAGACGCUCACCUUUGAUGAGUACUGGGAUUUGAUGGUCUUGCCAGAGAUUCACUACUGA